AUGAAACUUCAAACAUUUUCUGAUUCAUGGCAAACACAAUUUCUUCUCAUUGUUUCACUUAUUGACAAUACAGAUGAACGAAUUAUUCAUUCAUAUGAACAAAUAACUUAUUUUCCAAUGCAAAAUUGUCAAACAUCACUUGAUAUCUAUUUAGUUUAUUCAAAUCGACCAAAAAAUGAAUCCAAACAAUAUACAAUACAUAUUGAUAUUUAUGAAAAAUUAUCAUUAAACUAUCGAGGAAGUUUCUUUAUUCACAUACCAUUUCUAUUUCUACCUGUACAACGUAUUGCCAGUCUAUUAAAUAUUCCAAAUAAAGGUUAUCCAAUGAAAAAUUGUUUUAUUGAUGGAUGUUUACAUGGUGAAUGUAUUCGAUAUUUUGAAGAUAUAAAUAAUAGAACAUUUUGUAAGUGUUUUAAAGGAUGGACUGGUCGACUUUGUACAAUUGAAUAUGAAUGUAAUUGUUCAUCGGAUGCAUUAUGUCAUGGUAUAUCAGCAAAUCAACGUUCAAUUUGUAUUUGUCCAAUAGAUAAAUGGGGUCCUCAAUGUUUGAUUUCUGAUGAAAUAUGUCAUUUAAAUAAUCCAUGUCGAAAUAAUGGUACUUGUAUACCUUAUGAUCAACAUAUUUCACCUGGAAAUACAUUUGAAUGUAUUUGUUCAAAAGAAUUUUAUGGCAAACUAUGUGAAUAUUCAUCUUUUAAAAUGAUUUUAUCAUUUUCAAAUGAUAUUGAUAUACCUGAAACAAUGUUAGUUCAUUUUAUUGAAGUGAAACAUAGACAAGAACCAGAGAAAGGUACUACUUUUAAAAAAAUUCCAAUCACUCGAGAUCCAGUAACUAUCUAUUGGGCAAAAACUGUUCAUAUAAGUUUUGUUGAAUUAUCUGUCAAUCAAUAUUAUUUGAUUCAUCUUGAUGAAAAUCAUAAUAAAUCGAAUAUUAUUGAAAAACAAAUUAAAUCAUCUGAUUAUUGUCCACAUAUUCGUCAAGUAUUUAAUGAAUCAUUUGCUAAACUUCAUCUUAUUCGUCGUAUUAAAUUUUAUUAUUUCAUAUGUCAAAAUCAUUCCAAAGAACUUUCAUGUUUUUAUGAUGAUAUUUAUAUUUGUUUUUGUGUUCAAUUCAAUAAUCAACGACAAACAAAUUGUUUAGAAUUUAAUCAUACAUUAAAACGUGAUUGUUCUGGUCGAAGUAUAUGUGAAAAUGGUGGUCAAUGUUUGCAAGAUAGUUCAACGUGUCCACAAACAUCGAUCUGCGUUUGUCCAUCAUGUUUCUAUGGAUCACGAUGUGAAUUUCCUUCAGAUGGACAUAGUCUUUCACUUGAUGCUAUUCUUGGUUAUCAUAUUCAACCAUUUGUUUCUAUAAUACAACAACCAAUUAUUGUUCAAAUAAGUUUUGCUUUAGUUAUGAUUAUUACUCUCAUAGGAACUAUUAACGGCAUUUGUUCUAUCUUAACAUUUAUACAAAAAGAUUUAAAAAAAACUGGUUGUGGAAUUUAUCUUCUUGGUUCAUCAAUAACAACAUUAUUUAAUACAAGUAUAUUUCUAAUUAAAUUUCUUAUACUUAUUAUAGCACAAACUACAUAUGUAACAAAUAUUUUAUUUUUACAAAUUCAAUGUCGAAGUAUUGAUUAUUUAAUACGCGUUGGUCUUAAUUUGGAUCAAUGGUUAAAUGCAUGUGUAGCUAUCGAACGUGCUAUGACAGUCGUAAAAGGAGUUUCUUUUAAUAAAAAGAAAAGCGUCAAAAUUGCUAAAUAUGUUAUCGUUAUUCUUAUUAUUGUAAUUAUCAGUUCAAAUACUGUUGAUCCAAUUUAUCGACGUCUUGUUAUAAUUGAUAAUAAUGAUGAAAAACGAAUUUGGUGUGUUCUUCAUUAUUCAUCAAUUAUUCAAAAAUUCAAUAUAACAAUGAAUAUUAUUCAUUUUUGUUUACCUUUUAUCAUUAAUCUUAUAUCAGCAUCAGUUAUUAUUAUCAAUAGUGCUCGUUUAAAAUCAUCUCUACAAAAGAAAAAAUCAUAUAAAGAACAUUUAGUUGAACAAUUUCAACAACAUCGUCAUCUUUUGAUUUCAUCAUUUUUAUUAUUUAUUUUAGGUGUACCACGUUUAGUUAUUCUAUUUUCAAGAGGUUGUAUGAAGACAAAUGCUGAUUCUUGGUGGUUUCUUAUGGGAUAUUUUAUUUCUUUUUUCCCACCGAUGCUUAAUUUUAUUAUAUUUGUUAUGCCAUCAGAAGUAUAUGUAAAACAUUUUCGCACAACUAUUAAGACGUAUCGUGAUGCUAUAAAACGACGUUUAAAUUAG